AUGCCCCUCGAGAAAGACUCACAAGGCCGUGAGGUCGUACCAACAUUCAUCAACGGCAAAUCGCUACCAAUAGACGAAUCCAACAUCAAGCCGGUGGCAUCGUCUGCGACCGACAAGACUGUGCACUACUAUGCCUCCGCCGACCUGAAAGCCUGUGACGAAGCUUGCGAGACUGCUUGGAAUGCCUUCAGUGGCAAUGUGCUUGACACAGGCCGGAGUGGAUGGAAGAGAGCUUCAGCCGACACGAGACGGAACCUUAUCAUUAAAGCAGCAGAUCUCUUCGAGUCAAGAAAAGACGAAUUAAUCAAGGCACAAAUGGACGAAACGAGUUGCCAACAGGGCUGGGCAAUGAGCAAUAUCUCUAUCACUGUAGGAUAUCUGAGAGAAAUUGCGAGCUGUGUCAGUGGCAUCAAGGGUGAAAUACCUACCAUCGACAAGCCGGACACUUUUGCAUUUGUGUUCAAGGAGCCUGUGGGACCUGUACUGGUGAUUCCCCCGUGGAAUGCAGCACUGGUUCUGGCAACUAGAGCUGUUACUAGCGCGCUGGGAGCAGGGUGUUCUGUCGUGCUGAAAGCCAGCGAGCUCUCUCCUCUGACACAUAGCCUGAUAGUCGACAUAUACCACCAGGCCGGUCUUCCACCUGGCGUACUCAACUCAUUGCAGACAUCCCGGGAGAACGCUGCUGAAUUGACAGAACACCUGAUCGCGAACGAACGCAUCCGAAAGAUCGAGUUCAUUGGCUCAGCAGCAGUCGGUCGCGUUAUCGGCGCUACAGCUGCGAAGUAUCUCAAGCCUGUUUUGAUGGAGCUGGGAGGCAAAGGGCCCGCAAUUAUACUGGACGAUGCCAAUCUCCAGAAAGCAGCUGUGUUAUGUGCGAAAGGUGCCACCUUGCACCAUGGCCAGAUCUGCUUCAGCACGGAACGAAUCCUUGUCCACCAGAAAGUCGCCCAGGAAUUUCAGAACAUCCUAGUAAAGAUCAUGUCCAACGAGCAGGGUGGCCAAGCAGUGCACUCUGGCAUAGCUAACAAAGCUCGAGAAAUACUACAAGAAGCAAAAGAUGCAGGCAAUGAGUUCAUUGUUGGCGGUCCCGAGAUGGCGACCAAGAACGGCGUCAAGCCUUCAAUUGUGGUGGUCGACCCGAAGACACCUAAGGAUAAGCUGCGUAUUGUUGAUGAAGAGACGUUUGGUCCUUCGGCAUCGCUUUACGUUGUUUCCUCGGACGAAGAAGCGAUACGCGUUGCAAAUAACAGUGCGUACGGCCUGAACGCCACGAUACACUCCACGAACAUGGAACGUGCAAUCAAGAUGGGUCGCGAGCUAGAGUAUGGCCAGGUGCACGUCAACAGUAUCAGUGUCUUCACAAGCUGGACUGGACCACAAGGUGGUGUGAAGGGAAGUGGCUGGGGGAGACAGAAUGCAAGCUGGGGUCUGGAGGAGUUCUUGCAGGAGAAAUUCAUCACAUAUCAUGGACGGGACGCCGAUGGGCCGCCGUAG